AUGCAUUUCUCCUCUGCUCUUGUCGCCCUUAUCGGGCUCACUGCCCCAGUGCUGUCAGCUCCGGCGUCAUCCCUUGAGAAGCGGACGAGUCGCACGAGCGCGCCCUCGGGCUGCCUGAGUGUCGGCUCGGGGCAAACCUACUCGACCAUUAGCGCAGCCCUAACUGCUCUUGGUUCCUCAACUGCCGCAGCAUGUAUCUAUAUUGCCAGUGGCACCUAUUCUGAGCAGCUUACCAUCAAGUAUGCCGGAGCCUUGACGCUGUACGGGCAGACGAGUGACACCGGCUCAUACAAGAACAAUGUCGUCACCAUCACCCACACCAUCUCCUCGCCCGACGCUGGGUCCUUGGACAAGAGUGCCACUGUCAACGUGGUCUCCGACAACUUCAAGAUGUAUAACAUCAACGUCGCCAAUGGAUACGGAAAGGGCGCUCAAGCCGUGGCACUGGUCGGCAACGCGGAUCAACUGGGCUUUUACGGCUGCCAGUUCACGGGAUACCAAGACACUCUUUACGUCAAAGCCGGCACUCAGUAUUACUCCAACUGUUUGAUCGAGGGUGCCGUGGACUAUAUCUUCGGAGAUGCCUCUGUCUGGUUCGGCGAAUGUGAUAUCGUCUCCAACGGAGCGGGAGCCAUCACCGCCUCCUCUCGCGAAACCUCCACCGACGAUGGCUGGUAUGCCUUCGAUAACUGCAACAUCAAGGCCGCGUCGGGAGUGUCCCUGACCGAUUCGGUCUAUUUGGGCCGUCCUUGGCGAGUGCUGGCUCGGGUCAUCUACCAGAACUCGGUUCUUUCUGAUAUCAUCAACCCCAAGGGAUGGACCACGAUGGCUGAGGGAGCGACUCCGCUGUACUAUGAAUACAACAACUCGGGUGAUGGAUCGAGCACAUCUAGCAGACUCUACGAGAGUUCGAUCUCGGCGGCUGUGACCAAGACGACAGUGUUGGGUUCCACUUGGGGGGAUUGGAUUGACCGGACUUACUAACG